CGAAGGGGGACGUCUAGGGACGCGCAAGCCAGUCGCGCUUGCAGUCAGGUGCCGGGCUCGGUGCCGGGAUCCCUCCCGGCUGGAUUUUCCGCGUUGGGGGCUGCAGCGCGGUGUUACCCGCGCGGCUCGCCGCCUUCUGGGAUCCUCGAUGUUCUUCGGCCUCCUCCUCACUCCUGGCUCUUCUUGCGAGCAGCAACUUUCGCCGGGAUGUCUCACGGCACUCCCGCCUCGGGGAGCGUCUUGCAGAGAAGCUCCUCUUCAGAAGGGAAUCAGCAGAGUCAUGAUGAUGAUGAAAGGAAAGUAAGACGGAGAGAGAAGAACAGAGUUGCUGCCCAGAGAAGCAGGAAGAAACAAACGCAGAAAGCAGAUAAACUCCAUGAGGAAUAUGAGUGCCUUGAACAAGAGAAUACCUCCUUGAAAAAAGAGAUUGUGAAGCUGACUGAUGAGAUGAAGCACUUGAGUGAAGUGUUAAGGGAUCAUGAAAAGAUCUGCCCUCUGUUGCACUGCUCUUUAAACUUUGGCUUGAUGCCCAGACAUGAUGCUCUCAGUGGUACCCUGCCUAGAUGAGGGCUUCUGUUAAGGCUCCUGAAGUGCUACUGAAAUGAGAGAGAGAUUUCAAGAUCCAGCCACUUCUUUCCACUGUUGUGUGUGAACACAAUCACCUAGAAAAAAAACAACGGACCUCAUCCUAGGGUUUCCUUCCCACCUUGGAGUUGGCCACAUAUCAGGACACCAUCUUUGUGGCAGAAGUCUGGAUGGGCUGCAACACCAUGGGAAAAUCUUUGGACAGAUCUUUGGCAUAUUCUAUGAACAUAUAUAGCUGCCUUAUCCUGAGUCAGACCAUUGGUCCGUCUUACUUGGUACUCUCGAUACUGAGUGGCAGCCGCUCUCCAGGAUUUCAAAGAGGGAUUUCUUUCUCAGCCCUGUCUGAAAAUAUCAGGGAUUGAAUUCAAUGCUGGUACUUUACCAUUGAGCUAUGACGUCACACAUGUCCUCUCUAGAUGCUCUGUGCCUGGGAAGGAUGCUAGCAUACUGCAGAAGCUUGAAUACAGAGAAUAGUAACUUCAGUUUAUUUUUAAACAUGUGACUGUCUAGUCCUCAUUGAUAAAAGUCUUGGAAAUCAUCACACAAGGGAAGGAAUCUGCCAGAGUCCAAAACUGAAUGGUGAUGGCAGCUUGUGGUCAACGACUGACUCCUCACCUUCCUGCCUUUGUGUGAGUCUUUGUUCCCUGUCUGCCCUGAGCUUCUCCCUCCCAAACCUACAAAAACCCACACACAGCCAUUGGUUCAAGGCUGCGUACAGGCACACAUAAAUACAUAAAUGGAACUAUGAGCCUGCUGUGAAAGCACCCUCUCCACCACAGUUGCAACAUUUGGGGAUUUUUCCACACACUAACCCUUUUUCUUUGGAAUUGUAAGAUUUAUUUUUUUACAAAGCAUCCAGAGGGACUUCCAGAUGAAGCACAUACUCCAGAAUGAACAUGCUGUGGCUCUCCUGUGUUUCCCCCGUUCUCUACUUGUGUCUCAUCAAACUGCAGAAAAUCCAGGGUUUUGAAAAGAACAUAACUGAAGCACGACCUACACCAGUAUAGAUAGUCUUAGCACUGUUUUCUCAUUUUGUUGAGAGGUUUUAAUGUUUGCAGUGACUCAAUGGACAGGUGAGCCUAUUGUCAGGCAUUGAUAGUGAGGCACACCUUUAGAAUUACAUGCCUGGUGGUGCCAUUUUAUCAGCAUGGGUGUGCCUUUUAAUUUUUUUAGCUUUGUAUUGAUCUUUUAAUUCAUAAAUAAGGUUUUUUUGGCUUAGAUACUUAAAUUAAAAUAU